AUGUCAGAGGUUGCUACAGAGAAUAAGGUCAAAGAGGUUUCACUAGAGACUAUCGAGAAAGAUGUAAAGAGUCACAAGAGAUCGAGAGACGACGAGCCAAUGGCCGAAGACGAAUACAGCGAGAAUGUCAACGAACCAAAUAAGAAACCAACUUUUGCACAGAUCACCGUCGAAGAAAAUGGUGAUUCACAAACAAGAAAAAUAACUAUACCACCCAAUAGAAUGGCACCACUAAAGGGUAAAUGGCAACAAAUUUAUGAACCAAUAGUAGUACAUCUUAAAUUACAAAUUAGAAUGAAUCUUAAAGCAAAGAAAGUUGAAAUUAGAACAUCAGAUAAAACAGAGAGUGUCGGUGCAUUACAAAAAGCAGCUGAUUUCGUACAUGCUUUUGCAUUAGGUUUUGAAGUAGAAGAUGCAAUUGCUUUGCUAAGAUUAGAUGAUUUAUAUAUAGAUUCAUUCGAUAUUGAGGAUGUAAAAACACUUAAAGGAGACAAUCUUUCUCGUGCCAUCGGUCGUAUCGCUGGUAAAGAUGGAAAAACAAAAUUCACAAUUGAAAACACAACAAAAACAAGAAUUGUUUUAGCCGAUAAACGUAUUCAUAUUUUAGGAUCAUAUGCAAACAUCAGAGUUGCCAAAGACGCUAUUUUUUUAUUGGUUGAUUGUCAAGAGAAAAGAAGACCAAUUUCAUGUUGCAAAGUUAUGUUUAUUGAAUUCAAUAAGAGAUUCCUCAGAGGUUUAUUGGUGUUGUUACUAUUAGUAUUGGCGUUGGUUGCCUCGACUGUGCAAUCAAGUCCAACCAUUGUUAUCGAUAGCAGCGACAGCAACAAUGUCAAUGUUGGAUCGUCGUCGUCCUCUCGAACAGAGUCCGAUGCAGAGACUCAACAGAAAGAUGCGAAUAAUACAAUGCUCGUGUUCAUAGCAAUGCUCACAGGUGCAGUACUGGUAGUCUACGUUGUCGUCUCACUACACAUACCAUUCAUACCAGAGUCGAUCGCAAUCGUUACCUACGGUCUGAUCAUCGGAAUCAUCACUAGAUUCACCAACAGCGAGAUGGCAGAUCGUGUUGCCACUUUCGAUCCAGAGAAAUUCUUUCUUUUCAUUUUACCGACUAUUAUUUUCGAAACUGGAUUUUCAUUACCAAAAGUAAGAUUGAAUCAUUUACCAAUUCUACUUUUUGCUGUAUUGGGUACGUUUAUUUCAUUCAUUGUAACAGGUUCAGGUAUUUUCUUGGUUGGAAAGAUUGGUAUUUCAUUUCCUUUGCCUGCAACCGAAUCUUAUAUAUUUGGAGCAAUAUCAUCGGCUACUGAUCCUGUUGCGACACUUGCCAUUUUCCAAGCGUUGAAUGUUGAUUCCACAUUAUAUAUGUUGGUGCUGGGCGAGAGUAUUCUCAAUGAUGCAACAGCAAUCAUGUUAUACAGAACGGUCGAACACUUUGUAGCAAAGGAAAUAUUUAUCAAUAUUUUGACAUUCUUGUUGGUUUCAAUCGGUAGCGUUCUGCUUGGAAUAGGAAUGGCAUUGGUAUUAUCAUUGAUGUUAAAAUUUAUUAAUUUUGGAAGAUUCCCUGCUUUGGAAACUAUCUUUAUGAUUAUGUUCUCCUAUACAUCAUAUAUUUUAGCAAAUUCACUUGAAAUAUCUGGAAUAUUGGCUGUAUUCUUUUUUGGUAUUACAUUUAAUCAAUAUGGAGCAUACAGUCUAUCGCCUUACACAAAGUUAACAUCUAGACAGCUAUUCAGAACAGCAGCUUUCAUCUGUGAGACCUGUGUAUUCAUCUAUAUUGGUAUCUCUGUUUCAUUCCAUAAUUUCACAUUCAAUGCCAGUCUAUUCUUUUGGAGUUUCUUCAAAAAGAAUAAGAUUUCAAUGCCAAUCCAGGUUGGAUUGUGGUUUGCCGGAUUGAGAGGUGCAAUUGCAUUCUCACUCAGCUUGUACUAUUCAUCCCCCUAUUCCACUCAUAUCAAAACAGCUGUACUAUUAAACGUAGUUGCAACGCUCUUUGUUUUUGGUGUUGGAACAUACCCACUGUUGAAAGUACUUGGAAUAAAGACCGCUUCUUCCGACCAAAGUUUAAAUAAUAUUACACAGGUAAUGAAUAAAUUACACAAACCAAAAGAGAGAACCAGUCUAUAUCAGUCGAUUGAUGAUAAGUAUUUUAAGAGAUGGUUCAGAAAGAAAUUACCACCAAUGUCAAAUGAAGCGAUCGAAAUCUUUGAAAAACUGGUCAAGUUUUCUAACGAGGAAGAGUCUGAUACCUACACUUUUAAUUCGCCACCACAAAAGAUUGAGAUGAUGGACCAUCCAUCUUCCUCCGAGCUCGAACUGCUUGAGACAUCUGAAGAUAUAAUUGACCCAAAUUCCCCACUAAUUUAA